AAAAGACAUAUAUAUCUAGGCAUAUACCUAUAGAGAGAGAGAGGGAGAUGUAGACUACUAGUUGCCCCUUAUCUCCUGACCUCCCCCAAAACGAAAAUACCCACAAACAGACGCUACUUCAUACCCAUACAAGACAAGACGAGACAAAUUAAAUUGUUUUUCACCUGAUUCCAAGAAAAAAAAAAGAAAAUGACGGUCAUCAUGGUAAUCGCGUACCCCAAGGACGCCAACGUGAACAUGGCGUACUACCUGGAGCACCACCUACCGGCGAUCCUGCCGUCGUGGACGGCCUCCGGGAUGCGCGGCUGGCGCGUGCUGACCGCGACUGCGGCGGGCCCCGAGAGUCCCUACGGAGUCGUCACCGAGAUCGAGUGGCCCGACAUGCAGACGUUCCACCGCGCGCAGGAGGCGACGCCCCCCGAGGUGACGAAGAAGAGCGCGGAGGAUUUGAAGAAUUACGCGCAGAAGGCGCCGGCGAUAUGGUUUAUGGAGGUUGGGGCUGGGGCGUAAGGGGGGAAGUGGAUUGUUAGGGGUGAGAGGAAGAGAAGGGGAAUGAGAGAUAGGGUGUAAGAGAGAAAAUACCUACUUGAUUAUUUUACUUGAUAGAUCAUGUUCGCGGACGACUGUGUGUAAAGCGGUAUGAAUAGCCAUGUCACGAUGAAACUUUAUCUUCUUAU